AUGGUCCCUGUACCGAGUCGCAUUGAAAAUUUCGAACCGCCCCGUAACAAAGUCGCAAUUCCCCGCGGGCCUGCAUCAAAGCCAUCUCAAGGACGACGACGCUCGGCGCGAGCUUGUGAACCAUGUCGCCAGCGCAAGAUAAAGUGUGAUGGUGCCACGCCAAGCUGUGGACAAUGCGCAUACUUCAACAAGGAAUGUUCAUAUGAAGAUAUCAAACGAAUUCGCACCGAGAAGCAACUGGUCCACCUAUCGCAGCAAGUGGAACGCUACGAAGUUCUACUUCGUGAUCUUGAAGGCGAAGCCGAUGCUUCUACAGCGCGGCGCAUCAGAAAAGCGCUGAAGUCUCAAAAGACGAAUAAUCCCAGUCCCCACGAUGAGGCGAACGACUCGGAUUCUGGAGAGUCUGUUGGUUCCCUGGAGGAUGUCGAUGUGGUGGAGGAAGAUUUGAAUCGAGACGAAAGCAAUCGUGCCGCCGGGUAUUUUGGCAAGAGCUCUGAAGUGACGUGGAUGCAACGACUUGAUGAUGAUAUUGCAAAGAGUAACAAUCAACAACAUAGUGAGCAGCCAUUGGUAUCCAAGCAUACGCAGUGGGGUGUUCGGUUUGAUGUUCCUUCUGGACAUAAAUCCCAACAUCAACGGGGAGUGUCUAUGGCGAUGAUGAAUUACCACUUAGAUGAUCUGAAUAUCCCUCUGAUUGACAAUAUCGAUCCAUUAAUUAUCCCACCGCGAAAUAUAGCUGACGAGUACUUCAAUGCGUACAUGAAGUUUGUUCAUCCGAUCUAUCAGGCCAUUCGGUGUUCAGCUUUCACAGCUCAGUACGAGAACUUUCUUAAUGGAACGCCAAGGCAACCUCAUCAGAAAUGGCUGGCGAUUCUCAACAUCAUCUUUGCUAUUGGCUGUCAUCACUGUCGGUUGACGAACCCUGAUCACCAGGAAAAGUACGAUGAUGAUCGGGUAUUUUUGACUCGAGCUCGCAUACUGAGCUUGCAGGAGAGCGUUCUUUUUGAACAUACCGAUCUGCAGCAGAUUCAACUGGAGUUUUUGGUUGCUGUUUAUCUGCUUUGUUUAGGUCAAGUCAACAGGGCCUCCAAAUUCUCCAGCAUGGCUCUACGCUCUGCGUUAUCACUCGGCAUUAAUCUUCGUCUGACAGACAGUCGAAUCCACGACGCAUCAAAAGAAGCAAGAUGUCGACUCUGGUGGGCAAUAUACUCGCUAGAACAUCAACUCACCUCAAUUCUCGGUCGUUCAUCAUGCGUAGGUCAGAACAUUUGCGCCAUAUCCCUCCCAGUCCCAGCAGAAGAAGAAACCUUCGCGCAACCUAUGGUCCACAAGUUAAUCGAAGGAUCGCCACUCCUAUGUCCAACACUCUUCCAGCCAGCCACUCAGUCCGACGAAAAUUGGACAGCUGCCUGUCAACCAUGUCCAUCUCUCUUCUUCUAUUACAUGGUCGACAUCUCUCUCAUCUCCCAAGCUGUCCUGAAUAAAGUCUACAGUAUUGAGGGUGUUCGUGAUGGAUCUAGUAAAUUCGAAUACCGCAUCCAAAAAUACAGUGUACAGAUGGAUCGCUGGCUUGCCAAAUUACCACCCAGCUACGAAUUCACCAUUUCAAAUGCUGGACCCUGGCAGGUGAACCACUCUCAGCUGGACGAUGACUCGCUCCCUUUCGCUCGUGAGCGUGUCUGUCUAGCUAUGACAUACUACUCUUCCAGAAUCCUUCUCUGCAGGCCGUGUCUGACAUACCCGCAUCCACCAAAAAUUCAAUUAAAGAAUGAAAUGAGUACCAGCGCCAAACUAAAAGCUGAAAUGGCAACACGCGGUCUUCAAGCUGCGUGUGCGCUUAUCUCUAUCUUGCCAGAAAAUAUAGACCUGCCUUGGCUGGCGCGUACCACGCCGUCAUGGAGUGUGUUGCAUUUCAUAAUGCAAGCCACAACGGCCCUUUUAUUGGGUCUAUCUCGCUUUUCAUCCCUAUCAAAGGAUGUCAAUUCUAAUGAGCCAGUCGAGCCGUCAGAUGUGAAACCGCAGUAUUCGCCUUUAUUGCAGGCAACAGACUUGAAUGUGGCUAUCGAGCAGACAAAAAAGGCCUUGUGCUGGAUUCAUAGCAUGGCUUUCGUGGAUACUGCGUCCAGACGGGCGUUCAUACUCUGUGAUGGCUUUGCGAGGAAGAUUGGGCUGGCGCUGAAGGUUGAUAUGCAUGACUGGCCGAGUGCGAAGACAUUGCCCGCUGAUGCGGAGGGGACAAGCAGGAUGGAUAUGGAAGAUUUAAUUAAUUUGGAGGGUGAUGCAUUUUGA